GUGGAGCAGAAAUGGAUUCGGAGGAGAUCAAAGAGCUGCAGCAAGAGGUGAUGGAGGAGCUGGGAAUCUCCAUGGAGGAGCUCCAGGAGAUCAUUGACAAAGAGCUGGAGAAUUUUGAGUGCGUGAAGCAGAGGAAGCAGCAGCUGGAAGAGCUGGAGAAGUGCGUGAAACAGAAGGAAGAAGAGGUGGCUCGCGUCGACCGGCUCUUUGAUGAUGCUUCGAGAGCCAUCGAUAAAUGCGAGAUCCUGGUGAAGGACCUGUACUCCAAACUGGGCCUCCAGUACCGCGAGAGCAGCUCUGAGGACGAGGACUUGGCCGCCAAGGCCAUGGAAGUGAUUGAGAUCCCAGACGAGGAUGACGACGAUGUCAUGAGCAUCGAUUCGGACUGGAAGCACAGUUCAGUAGCUCGUGGCGCCGGGGGGGAGGGAUGGAGACCUGAGGGUCUGCGGGAAGCCAUGGCUGCAAUGAGGAAGUCUGCCCAGGACGUUCAGAAGUUUAUGGAUGCCGUGAACAAGAAAACAAACGCCCAGGACGCACAAAGAGGUCAGCCGGCCGGGAGCGAUCUCAGCAAUGACGGUGACCUGAACGUUGGCAUGAGGAUCCUGGGUAAGAGGAGAACCAAGACGUGGCACAAAGGAACGCUCAUUGCCAUCCAGACCGUCGGCGCUGGGAAGAAGUACAAGGUGAAGUUUGACAACAAAGGGAAGAGUUUGCUUUCGGGCAACCACAUCGCCUACGACUAUCACCCCUCACCCGAGCAACACUACGUCGGCCGGAGGGUUGUGGCGAAAUACAAAGACGGGAAUCAGGUCUGGCUGUACGCUGGCAUCGUGGCUGAAACCCCAAACAUCAAGAAUAAAGACAGGUUCCUGAUCUUCUUUGAUGACGGCUACGCUUCCUACGUCAAGGAGUGGGAGCUGUACCCGGUCUGCCGGCCACUGAAAAAGACCUGGGAAGACAUCGAGGAUGUUUCCUGCCGCGAUUUCAUCGAGGAGUACAUCACGGCCUACCCCAACCGUCCCAUGGUGCUGCUGAAGAACGGCCAGCUGAUCAAAACGGAGUGGGAAGGGACCUGGUGGAAAUCCAGAGUGGAAGAAGUGGAUGGCAGUCUGGUCAAAAUCCUUUUCCUGGAUGACAAACGGUGUGAGUGGAUUUACCGGGGUUCCACCCGCCUCGAGCCCAUGUUCAGCAUGAAAACUUCCACCGCCUCCACCCAAGAGAAGAAGCAGAGUGGACAAGCCAGGACUCGUCCCAAUGUCG